AUGCGCGAUGGGGCUGCGUGGGCCGCCCAAGGAACCGACUUUUCGGGCAACUCGUCAUCACCCGGACUCGACCUUCGGCACCUUCUAUCACAAACACUCGGUAUAUCUGCGGUCAUGCUGAGCCGUGCUGUCCUGCCUCUGACGAGGCUCAACGUUCGCGCCUCUGCUGUCCGGGCAUCGGCCCUGGCGGCCCAGCAUCCUCGAUGGUACGCGAAGGGCAAGAGCGGGUAUCAGCUUCCCGAGUCGAUGCAGUCGAAGUCCAAGAACCCUGAAGCCCCGAAGUCCUCCACAAAAAAGGACGUGGAUGCAGAACAGCCCGAGCCCGAGCCCAAGGCUGAGCCUACGCCUGAGCCCGACACACCCAACUCUUCCGAACCCUCUCCGCAAAAGCCACUCCCCGAUCUGACCCAGGGUAUCCCAUCAACUUUGGCCGCUGAAUUGGAAGGCCAAAAUAAGAAGGGUGGCGGUCAUCUCAAUCUCACGGAGGACCCGACUCGAACAGAGUAUAGCGAAGAUGGCCGGGGCGGCGGCGAUAUCCCCAAGGGGGGAUACGAAACAUCGCUCGACCGCCGCAAGGCCCGCAUGGCCAACAUUAUGUACGCGUUGAUGCUGGCAGCCGGUGUUGCCGGGGUAGGAUACCUGGGCCGCAACUGGGAGACGGAAGAGGAGGAGCGCCUCCACCCCGUAACUCCCUCGGGUUGGGGCUUGGGUCUUUGGUACAACCGUAUUACGGCACGCAUGAGUGACCUCACCAGCUACUACAAGGACCCGGCCUUCCCGAAGCUUCUUCCCGACGAGGACCCUCAGAUGCGGCAGCCGUACACCCUGGUUCUGAGUCUGGAGGACUUGCUGGUGCACAGCGAGUGGAGCCGGGAGCAUGGAUGGCGUGUUGCCAAGCGGCCUGGUGUGGAUUACUUCCUGCGCUACCUCAACCAGUACUAUGAGCUGGUUCUCUUCACCAGUGUGCCGAGCAUGAUGGCCGACCAGGUUCUGCGGAAACUUGACCCUUAUCGUAUCAUUCGCUGGCCCCUCUUCCGGGAGGCUACCCGGUACAAGGAUGGCGAGUACAUUAAGGAUCUGGCGUACCUCAACCGAGAUCUGUCCAAGGUGAUUUUGGUUGAUACCAAGGAAGAACACGCCCGCUAUCAGCCGGAGAACGCCGUAGUGCUGGAUAAGUGGACCGGCGACCCGAAGGACAAGACGCUGGUUGCCCUCAUUCCCUUCCUGGAAUACCUGGCCGGUAUGGGUGUUGAGGACGUGCGGCCCGUGCUGAAGUCGUUCGAGGGCACAGCGAUCCCGAUCGAGUUUGCCAAGCGUGAGAAGGCUAUGCGCGAGCGCUUCGAGAAGGAGCUCGCCGAGGACCAGAAGAAGAAGCCUUCGCGCGGCAUCGGCAGCUUAGCCUCGGCCCUGGGACUGAAGUCGACCCGCACGCUGGACGGCGAGCAGCUGCCCUCGGAGGGCUUAGCCCAGGGCAAAAUGCUGUGGGACCAGAUCCGCGAGCGGGGCCAGAAGAACUACGAGCUGAUUGAGCGGGAGAUCCGCGAGAACGGCGAGAAGUGGCUGGCCGAGAUGGCGGCUGAGGAAGAGAAGGCUCGUGAUGAGCAGAUGAAGAGCAUGAAGGGCUCUUUCACGAGCAUGUUUGGUGCUGGCGAUAAGGAGCAGUGA